UCCGAGUCAGUUCCACCCCAGACUUCGGCGCGGUCGGGCGCGUCACGUCACUCGUCAUCGAGCAGCGAGCACGAUCUUGUCCAAUUAGUGCUUACGCGGAAUAAGAGUUGAGUGGCCGGAUAAACGUGUGCGCUGUUUCGGCUCGUUGAUGUAAUAAAAGUAACACGAUUAUGUGCGAUUCGAGUGAUAAAUAUUAAAAACAAAACUAUGCAUAAGUUAAAGUGAAGUUCAGUGAAAGGGAAACAAUGUGUCUGAUUUGGCUCACGAGCGCUAUAUUGGCGCUUGGCGCUAUUUUGCCCGCUUGGAGUGCUUCUUUGUCGGCAACGACGGGAGCGCGAUACCAAGCUCCCGACGAGUGCCGCUGGACUACCGACGACGAGGACUCCGGAGUUGCGCUACAAUGUCGAUUGCGCACGAUAAACAGCGAAUUAGAAAACACAAACUUCAGUGCCAUUCAACCGCAUCUCACUGUGCGCCUGCGUCUCGAAUGCAGCGAUGCGCUUUUCUUUCAAAGCUCUCUCUCACCCGGAAGCUUUCGUCAGCUAAUUGAGUUGCGGGAACUGACAAUCGAAUACUGCAAAAUUGGAAAUCUUUCUGAUGGAGCGUUUACGGGUCUCCGUGAACUUAGAAAUUUGACAAUAAGAACUCACAACACAGAUUGGUCCACAAUGUCACUCGAGGUCACGCCCACUGCGUUUUCCCGAGAUGUACAGAACCUAGAACGAUUAGACCUCAGUGAAAAUAAUAUGUUGACAUUUCCAGAGGGAGCCCUUUGCUCGUUACGGAACCUCGAAUAUUUGAAUGUCACUGGUAACAGAAUGAGAGACAUCAGUCAUUUUCAAUUUUCAACAGCCCACCGCCAUCCGACUGAAAAAUGUGGAGACAAUUUAUUAGUCUUAGACUUGUCUAGGAAUGUUAUUGAUACGUUGCCACCAGGUCUGCUCUCGGGAUUAAGAAGACUACAGAAAUUGUAUUUGCAAGGAAAUGGCCUCAAUUCGGUCGCAGAUAGAGCCUUGGAAGGACUUAUAUCGUUAACUACAAUUAGAUUUUCAGACAAUCAGCUUACUAGUUUGCCACCUGAGCUAUUUAGUGAUACGAAAGAAUUAAAAGAAAUAUACUUGAACAACAAUACAAUCACUGUACUGGCUCCUGGCUUAUUUAGCGAUCUUUUACAACUGCUCGUUUUGGAUUUAUCAUAUAACGAAUUAACCUCAGAUUGGAUUAACACUUCUACAUUUUCCGGAUUAAAACGUCUAGUAUUUUUGGACUUUUCUCACAACAGAGUUUCAAAAAUGGAAAUAGCACUAUUUAGAGAUUUACAUAAUCUACAAAUACUGAAAAUGCAAGAUAAUUUCAUUGAACAUAUCUCCGAAAACGUAUUUACAUCGCUUGGAAAUUUACAUACAUUAAUAUUAUCGAAUAAUAGACUUACAAACAUUGAAAGUUUCUCAUUCAUGGGCCUGCCUGGUUUAUCUGUAUUAUCAAUAGAUAGCAACCGAAUAUCUAAAAUACACCCGAAUGCCUUGCGCAACUGCACAUCUUUACAAGAUUUACAUAUAAAUGGAAAUCGAUUAGAUGAAGUUCCUAUAGCCUUAAAAGAAAUACCUCAAUUAAAAACCCUUGACCUCGGGGAAAAUUUAAUAGUAAGCAUCGAAAAUGCUUCAUUUAUGACAAUGCAACAGAUGUACGGAUUGAGAUUAACUGAAAAUAAUAUUGGAAAUAUCAGUAAGGGCGUCUUCGAUAAAAUGACAUCGCUGAAGAUUUUAAACCUCUCAAGAAAUAAAAUUCACAAAAUUGAAGCUGGCGCUUUUGAUGGGAAUGUUAACUUACAAGCAAUAAGAUUGGAUGGAAAUUACUUGACCGACAUUGGCGGACUUUUCGCCAAGUUACCUAAUUUGGUAUGGUUGAACAUUUCCGAUAAUCGCCUAGAAUGGUUCGAUUACGCUAUGAUUCCAACUGGAUUGCAGUGGUUGGACAUUCACGCUAACAGAAUUGCUGAACUUGGGAAUUACUUUGAAAUUGAAUCGCAGCUAUCGCUUAGUACUUUCGACGCCAGUUCUAAUAGGUUAACGGAGAUUACUGGAAGUGCAAUACCUAACUCCGUAGAGAUGUUGUACUUGAAUGAUAAUUUGAUAUCCAAAGUACAGUCGUACACAUUUUUCAAGAAACCUAACUUGACAAGGGUCGAUCUGUAUGGAAAUAAAAUUACAAGUUUAGACCCAAAUUCCCUUAGGAUAUCUGCCGUUCCGCAAGACAAAUCAGUGCCGGAAUUUUUCAUUGGAGGAAACCCAUUAGAAUGUGAUUGCACAAUGGAGUGGUUACAAAAAAUAAAUACUGGAAACAGAGCACGAACUCAGCCAAAGUUAAUGGACUUGGACAGCAUUUACUGUAAACUACUUUACAACCGUGGUAAUGCAUACGUGCCAUUAGUUGAAGCAGCCCCACACCAGUUUUUGUGUAAAUACGACUUCCACUGCUUUGCUCUUUGUCACUGUUGCGAUUUUGACGCAUGUGACUGUGAAAUGACGUGUCCAAAUAAUUGCACAUGCUACCACGACCAGUCAUGGUCUGCGAACGUUGUGGAAUGUUCUAAAGCUGGAUACGUUAAUACAUUACCUGAGAGAAUACCGAUGGAGGCCACGCAACUGUACUUGGAUGGGAAUGAAAUAAAAGUUUUACCAAGUCACGCAUUCAUUGGUAGAAAGAGAUUAAAGAUAUUAUAUCUAAAUUCAUCACAUAUAGAGACUAUUCACAAUAGAACAUUUAAUGGAUUGAAAGAGUUGGAAGUUCUGCAUCUAGAUUAUAAUAGUUUGACAGCGGUGGAAGGGCAAGAAUUCGACGGCUUAGAUAAUUUACGUGAAUUAUACAUCAAUAAUAAUAAAAUAAAAACAAUAGGAAAAGAAAUGUUUAACCAUAUGUCUCGCUUAAAAAUAUUACACCUCCAUAGCAACAGAUUGGUUACUUUAACGGUGUGGCAAAUCAAUCCUUCAAUUACUUCAAUCACACUGUCCGAUAACCCUUGGUCAUGCGACUGCGAAUACACAGAGAUGUUCCGGGAAUGGACGAAGCGUGUAAGCUCGAUAACCGAUGUAUCAAACAUACGAUGUGUGUAUUCAAAAACUAAUAGCACAGAUGUUAUCAUGUACAAUGCAAGUUUACACGACGAUACAAAUCCAGGUUUCAAAAUUAUCGAAGAAAAUGGUACUAUUUGCACGGGAUUACCAAGCAUAAACAACAGUAUAAAUGGCAAUUUGACUGCCACAAAAACUAUUAUGACUAACGAAGAAGUACAAGAUUACAUUCCACUGCUUUGUGCUGCUCUGGGAGCAGUCCUACUAAUAGUGAUUGUGAUAACUAUAGUUUUUAAAUAUAGACAACAAAUGAGAGUGUGGUUCCAUUCCAAGUUCGGUGUGCGACUGUUUUACAAAGCAAGUGACAUGGACCGCGAUGAUCGUGAAAAGCUAUACGAUGCUUUUGUGAGUUAUAGUUCCAAAGAUGAAGCUUGGGUGACAGAGAAGCUCGCGCCAGUGUUGGAGCGCGGAGACCCGCCUUACAAACUGUACUUACACUAUCGUGACUUCCCAGUGGGUGGUUAUGUGGCCGAUAAUAUUAUACAAGCGGUUGAAUCGUCGCGACGUACUAUAAUGGUGCUCAGUGAGAACUUUAUAAAAUCGGAAUGGUGUCGUUUCGAAUUUAAAUCAGCGCAUCAUCAAGUGUUAAGAGACAGACGAAAAAGACUAAUAGUGGUGAUACUCGGUGAAGUGCCCCAAAAGGAUCUCGAUCCUGAUAUAAGACUGUACUUAAAAACUAAUACACACUUCAAUUGGGAUGACAAAUUGUUUUGGGAGAAACUACGGUUCGCGUUACCCGAUGUCCACGACAAACAGAGGUGCCACGGCAUGCCGAGCCCGGGGGCCGGCGCUGUGCCCAUGCAUCGGCAUCAUCACCCGAGGAACCACCUGGGUGCGUUACCACCGCCGCCGGUGCACGGCGCGCAUCCCGUGCUGCCGCCUCAUCCCUCGCACGCCCAACAUCAAAUACCAACGCGAGGCUCCCCUCGUAAUCUCUCCGUCCAUGUGUAGUGAAGUUUACAGACUGUUGUGAUGUGAACUAACGUGCAGUGACUCGAUAAAGUGUUAAUGUGAUGGCUAGUCGGUUAUCGUAUGUAUUGUAAAUAUACCUUUUAUAAUAGUCAUAGAUUAAGUUUGUAAAUAGCUUGAUUACCGAUUACAAAAAGCAUUUGUCGUUCUAAGUUAGCAUCAAUCACAAACGUGGUCAAUGUAGGAUUAAUGAUUGCUAUUGUGUUUCGAUAAAACAUGUAUUAGGCCUAACAAGGCUGUGCUUGUUGGACAAACGUAGCCGACUAAUACGGUACUUAAAUAGUAGUUAAAAAGGGCGUUGUUGCCGAAAUCUGUGAUAAAUUAGCUGUAGAUAGUUAUUUUUCUUAUCAUUCAUGUAUAUUUUGUAAUUUAGUCAUGACAAAAGAAAAUAUUUAUUGUAAAAAUUCAAAAAUGGACUGUGUCAAAAAGUGAUAAAGAGAAUAAAAUAUGAUUUUAAAUGAAA